CAUAUUUUGCGAGGUGGGCGGAGCAUCGGAACUGUCGUCUCACAGUAGGUUCUGGAACCUCAUGGUCAAAACAUGGAGAACGUAUCUCAGCUAAAAGACCAGGGCAAUAAGGCGCUGAGCGCAGGGAAGAUUGAUGAGGCGGUUCGCUGCUACACCGAGGCUCUGGCAAUAGACCCAAACAACCAUGUCCUCUUCAGCAACCGAUCUGCUGCCUAUGCCAAGAAAGGCGAUUACGAGAACGCCCUGAAGGAUGCCUGCCAGACCAUUAAGAUCAAGCCAGACUGGGGCAAGGGUUACUCACGAAAGGCUGCAGCCUUGGAGUUUCUGGGGAAGUUUGAAGAUGCCAAAGCAACCUACCAGGAAGGUCUCAGACAAGAGCCUUCUAACCAGCAACUAAAGGAAGGGCUUCAGAACAUUGAAGCACGUCUAGCAGAGAAGAAAAUGAUGAACCCCUUUUCCAUUCCUAAUCUGUAUGAGAAGCUAGAGGCAGACUCCCGUACCCGAGCCCUGCUGGCUGACCCCAGUUACAAAGAGCUGCUUGAACAGCUUCGCCAGAAACCAUCCGAACUCGGCACGAGGUUGCAGGACCCACGAGUAAUGACAACCCUAUCAGUGCUGCUCGGUUUUGACCUGGCCGGCAUGGACGAAGAAGAGGAGCCGACUCCACCACCGCCUCCGAAACCCAAAGGGACAGCCCCACCCCCUCCCAAGGAGGAAGACCUCCCAGAGAACAAGCGUUUGGCGCUGAAGGAGAAAGGGCUCGGAAACACAGCGUACAAGCAGAAGGACUUUGAGACUGCACUCAAACACUAUGAGGAGGCAUGCAAACACGACCCAACCAACAUGACCUAUCUGUCCAAUCAGGCCGCUGUGUUCUUUGAAAAAGGAGAGUUUGACAAAUGUAGAGAGCUUUGUGAAAAAGCUAUUGAGGUGGGCAGAGAGAAUCGUGAGGAUUACAGACAAAUUGCCAAGGCUUACGCCAGAAUUGGCAACUCCCACUUCAAACAGGAGCAGUAUAAGGAGUCCGUUCAAUUCCUUAACAAGAGUCUGACAGAGCACCGCACCCCUGAGGUGCUGAAGAAGUGCCAGCUGGCCGAGAAAAUACUGAAAGAACAGGAGAAACUGGCCUACGUCAACCCAGAACUGGCACUAGAGGAGAAGAACAAGGGCAAUGAAGCCUUUCAGAUAGGGGACUACCCUCUUGCCAUGAAGCACUAUACAGAGGCCAUUAAGAGGAACCCAAAUGAUGCCAAGCUGUUCAGCAACAGAGCAGCCUGCUACACCAAACUGCUGGAGUUCCAACUGGCCCUCAAGGAUUGUGAGGACUGCAUCACACUGGAGCCCACCUUCAUUAAAGGAUACACACGUAAGGCAGCAGCACUGGAGGCAAUGAAGGACUACUCUAAAGCCAUGGAUGCUUACCAAAAAGCUUUGGAACUGGAUUCAAACUCCAAGGAGGCCACAGAGGGAAUGCAGCGCUGCAUGGUUAGUCAGGCUGUGAGGAAUGAUAGCCCGGAGGAUGUGAAGCGGCGAGCCAUGGCUGAUCCCGAGGUCCAGCAGAUCAUGAGCGACCCUGCUAUGAGGAUGAUCCUUGAGCAGAUGCAGAAAGACCCUCAGGCCCUUAGCGACCACCUGAAGAACCCAGUUAUUGCUCAGAAGAUUCAGAAACUAAUCGAUAUCGGUCUCAUAGCCAUCCGGUGAUCGUAGAAAGAGCAGUGGAGAACCAGGGCUACCACCAUCUUCCAGAUCAACACCGCCACAAGACCACAGAGGAAGGACGAUGCCAUUCCAGACAGCAUUUAGUUUACCAAACUGUACACCCACAACUAGUCCCCUAUCCUUCUAUGAAAGCUUUUUUCAGUGUAAGGCCUUAGUGUUAUGUUCAUUUAAUGUAUAUGAAACAUUAAAGCAUCACUGUUCAAUUUG